AUGGAAAAGAUUGGUGAGGGGACUUACGGUGUCGUGUACAAAGCCAAGGACCGUGUCACGGGAGAAAUCAUCGCCUUGAAAAAAAUCCGCCUGGAAGCCGAGGACGAAGGGAUCCCCUCCACUGCCAUUCGUGAAAUUUCCCUUCUCAAAGAGCUCCAGCAUCCCAACAUUGUACGGCUAUACGAUGUCGUUCACACAGAGCGAAAGUUGACUCUGGUCUUCGAGUUUCUAGAUCAGGAUUUGAAAAAAUACCUCGAUGUCUGCGAUUCCGGUCUGGAUCUACCCAUUCUCAAGUCCUUCCUCUACCAAUUGUUGACUGGAGUCGCCUACUGUCACCAUCACCGUGUACUGCAUCGAGAUCUCAAGCCACCCAAUCUGCUCAUCAACCGAGAAGGACAGCUCAAACUAGCCGAUUUUGGCCUAGCCAGAGCAUUUGGUAUUCCUGUUAGGUCUUACACCCAUGAGGUCGUCACUCUGUGGUACAGGGCACCGGACGUGCUCAUGGGAAGCCGAAAAUACUCGACACCUGUUGAUAUCUGGUCGGUUGGGUGUAUCUUUGCGGAAAUGGCCAAUGGAAGGCCACUGGUCGCUGGUACCUCAGAAGCAGACCAGCUGGAUAAAAUAUUCCGAUUGCUGGGGACACCCACACUGCAGGGCUAUCCUGGGAUUGUCGACCUGCCAGAAUACUCUCCCGAUCUUCCACCUUAUCCAGCACCCAUGGGAGGGCUUGCUUCUCUUGUUUCUGGGUUGGACGCUGAAGGGAUCGAUUUGCUGGGGAAAAUGCUGCAGUAUGAUCCAGCACGGCGCAUCACUGCGCAAGCGGCACUGGAACAUCCUUUCUUCUUUGACAUGACGGGACGCGGAAGGUAG